UUUGUUAUGAUGCGGAGAUGAAGAAAUCUAAUAAUCGUUUACAUAUAGGCCUAUUUGGACUAGGCCUAUUAGUUUCAUUAUCAACUUAUAAAGUAGGGCCUAUAGCAAUUUGUCGGGCUGUGUGUAGAUUCAUGCACCAGAAUAUUAUUUAUCAAGAUUGUUGACAGUAUCAUAUUCCGGUUGCAUGUUCGGACGUGAACUGAGACAACCGACGUCAUGACACUCUUGCCAACUUAGCAAAAAGCAGUUCCCUCAUAAUCAAACAUCAACAGAUCAACAUGGCUUCACCAGCUAAAAAAGCGAAAACCGAUUCAUCAUUGCCCGUCUGUCCGUAUGGUGCCAGAUGUUAUCGUAAGAAUCCGCAGCAUUUUAAAGAAUUCAUUCAUGACUCCAAAGACGAUGGCGCGACGGCCGGGAGCAGUCGAUCAGGAGUGUCGGACUAUCUAGAUCUGUCAACCGACAUGUCGAAUCUUCCUGCAUGUAAAUAUGGAGCGUCGUGCUACAGAAAAAAUCUGUUACAUUUUGCAGAAUUCUCUCAUCCUACAACCCUGAUUUCAAAGAUCACGGACGACGAUGGCAGCGAUACGGACGAACUUUCUGAUUCCGAGGACGAAAAGAAAGGUAAGAAAGAUGGAGUGAAGAGUGAUGACAUCCUCAAAAGAGGAAUGUCGCUGGUGAAGAGUUACUCGAAGAUGUCGGAGGAGGAAAGGAAAGAGCUCAUAAAGAAGGCAUUUGAAGCUAAGCUGAAGCUACAAAAAGAGCUUAAGGAAACUCUGGAUGAAGUAAAAAGUAAAGACAAGGAACUUCAAAAGCUUCAGGAUCAGGUCAGUACUGGAUUGCUGCUGGUAGAGGGAGAGAAGGAAGCCUUAGAAGGGAGCAAGACUGUUCACUUCUCACUGCAGGCCGAGCGAGCAUACAAAGAGGGGUCUGCAGACCAAACUCAUUUCCGACUUGCUGAGUCUCAAUUCUACCGACUCCUUAGUGGCCCUGGUGCCUCAUCAUAUCGUGUCACAAAUGUCGAGUAUGUGGUAAAUCCUGUCCUAGUAAAAAAAUUCAAAGCUGGCCGAGAAGAUUUGAAAAAGCAUCGAGGGGAAAACAAGUCCUACCCAGUCUUGGCUUUCCAUGGAACGGACGAGAAAAACAUUAACCCUAUCUGCGAGACAGGAUUUAAAGUUCCAGGAGACACAGGAUUUAAACAUAAGACUGAUACCGGAUGGUACGGAAAGGGAGUGUACUUCAGCGAGUUUCCAGCAUAUUCGAUGGGAUAUAUCCACGGUUCAACAAAACUGCUUCUGUGUCAGGUUCUACCAGGAAAAGUUUUCCAGUGCACCAAACUUAUCCAUGGGGCAGCCCUGGAAAAGGGUCACGAUUCUCACACCUCGCCAGACAAAAUGGAGUUGGUCAUUUUCAACGGCAAUCACAUCCUUCCGUCGUACAUUGUACAUUAUGAGCAUGCCAGUACUAAUUUCAAAUACAAACCUGCUGGCAGUGGUGUGUCUAAUUCUGAUAAGCUUGAUAGUAAAAAGGUCGCUGCUGCUUACGCGGGCAUAGCAAGUUCCAAGGCAUCAUCCACCUUUAAAAAUCAAAAGAUCAUGUUUUCUGGGACAUUUCAACUAACACAAAACCAAAUGCUGGAACUAGUAAAAAAGCAUGGCUCAGACAAAGCUACAGUGAAGGUUUUCAGCAUACUUGUGGCAUCAUCCUCAGAAUUUGCAUUGAAAAGUAAUAAAGUGCAGCAGGCAGCUUCGAAAGGGCUACCCGUUGUUUGCGAGAUGUUUGUUUACGACUGCAUAAAGGCCCGCAAAUUGAAAGCAACAGAACCUUACGAAUUCUCUGAUUAGUACAGUCUUUGGAUUUUUUUAGGUCAUAGUUACACAAUGUAACACAUGCUGUAAAACUAUGUGAUCAUGUGAUAGAGGUUUGUUAGUUGUUUGAAACUCUACAGAGCUGUUGGGUAAAUGUGAAAAAACCUUUUGUCCUGACAGAGUAUGGUGUCAGAGGCAGGAAAGGCUUGUUUAGCAGUGUUGUGAGGUACACAUUGUAUAGAUGUUUUGGUGGCUGUUUUUAUCUAUGUUUAUGUAGAAAAGGUUUGUAGUGAUUUAAUUGGAGUUAACGGACAAAUUGAAAAAGGUUUUGUAAAUUUUACAACAAUUGCAAAACACAUCUCAACUUUAUAUAUUAAUCACUCCUGUUGGUCAAAAUUGAAGCGUGCUAGCUAGGGGUCUUGGUGGCAGGGCAGGUGACCUCAUACCUUUUCACUUCAAAUCGUGGAAUUUAAUCCUGACCGCCUUUGUAGCUUUUUAGUUGAUUAUACAGUGACUGCCGCGUAAACAAUUGUUUCAUUUUACCUAAAAAUAUAAUCAUUGUUAUCUUACUAAGCAGAUUGGUCAUUAAAUGGCUUCAUUUUCUAUUUACAUUUGUAUGUCUGAUUCUUAUAUACAAAACCUACCUGUAUGUAUGUGUGUGGGCUGAUGUGAUAAUGCACUGUACCGUAUCCAUUGUAGUUGUAGAAUGGUCGUAAAACCAGAACAGUGUCGUUAAGGAUCAUGAUCAAUUGUCUGGUAAACUUAGGUUUGACACUUACUUGUAUGGCUAGGUAUCCUAGUUGUCUUAAUGCAUUCUGAUAAAAAUUAACUGUUAAGUGGUAAAUAGAUAUUUGUAUCAUUCCCAGAAUAGCAAGGAGCUUUACUGUUGUAAUCGUAAUCUUAUUUAGAAUUAAAAUCAGCAGAAUGAGAUAUUUAAGAUUUGUUUCUGAAAUUCUGUUAAUCUAUUGAGAGUAAAUUCCAACAAUGCAAGACAUUGCUGUUAACAUCAUUGUGCACAUCAGAUAGUGGCCAGUAAUUUCAUUUACCGGGUACAUUAAAAGUUUUAUCCUGUGUGACACAGCCCUGAGGGAUUUGAUUUACCUUGUACAUUAAAAAAUGAAUCCCUGCAUCAGGUAAAGGUCAGUAAUUUUAUUUACCUGUAACAUUAAAGGUUUUACCCUGCAUCACAUGGCCCUCAAUGAUCUGAUUUACAUGGUCCAUUUAUCCAUCAUUUUGCAUUUAAAAUAUUAUUAGUACCAUUAAUAGAAAAGAUUACACUUUUUGGAAUAAUCUUCGGAAAAUAUUUCCUGACAGUGAAUAAUUAUAGUAAUUGUUUACAAAGUUUUAUUUAAUAAAGAUUUUAAGAAA